AAUGGUGAAUGAAGAGGUUCUGGGCCUCGACAACGUCAAGAUGUUCGAAAUAUGGAUCGUGAUGCUGGCGUACACUGUUACUGUUGCCAUCAUGAUUUGGUACUUCGGCAACGUGCUCACAUGGGCUCUCGGGGUACCGCUGGAGCCAUGGUUUCCCUUCACAAUUAAGUAUUGGCUACCGGGCGCCCAGGGGAGCGUGGAGGUCUUCGAACCAAAAGAACCGGAUGGUUACUACUUUCAGAAGUACCCGACGAAUGAAGCGUCUGUGACUGUGAGCCAGCUUGAAUACGAGUGCAAGGAGAAGCACAUUCUGCGCGACACAAAUUUAAAAGCUUACCACGGUGAGAUCUUGGGCAUCGUUGCUCCAAAUGGAGCGGGAAAAACAAGCCUGUGCAACUUGCUCACCGGCUACUCGCUUCCGAGCGCGGGCCAAGUCAUGGUCCUCGGUUACGACAUGAUGCUACAGACGGAUUUAGCGAGGCGCCACAUCGCCUACGUCCAGCAGCGCGAUGUGCUCUUUGCCGAUCUGACUGUUUACGAGCACCUUCUGUUUUUCGGCUCCAUGAAAGACGAAGCAUGGGCCGUUCUAGACAAGCAGCUGGCUCAAGUACAAGAAAUGCUCCAGCUAGAACCAAUCAUGAAUAUCCAGUGCAAUAAGCUGGACAUAUCUCAAAAGAAAAUACUGAGUCUUGCCGUUGCACUUAUCACAGUGUCCAAAGGUUUUGAUUAUGGACGAAGUCAUGGUCAAAAUGUACCCCGCGACAAGAAAGAUAGCCUGGAACGCAUUGAUUUCUCUUAAGAGCACAAUGUGCAUCAUCGCUGCUACGGCAAACGUGUACGAAGUCGACACGCGGGCCGAUAGGCUCACCGUGUUUGGCUACGCAGCCCACAAGUGCUACGGCACCACAUCCUUCAUACAGCGGCGCUAUGGCUGGGGAUACACCGUAAAAAUAGUAAAAGGCCCACAGUUCCGCGGCCGUGGCGUCCUGGCUGUCGUUCGUCAGAUAAUACCGGAUGCUCACGUGCUGCAAGACCACAAAGCUUUUGCUGCCAUUGGCCUGGGACAACAUAUUGACUACACACCCGUGGCAACAGUGCUAAAUAGACUCGAGGCUGAGCAGAGACAGUUCGGCAUAAGUUCUUUCACAAUCAGCGUCGUUACGAUGGAAGACAUCUUUUUCCGCAUCGUACUAGAAAUGGACUCUGGUGACUACCAGUACAAGGCGAACAUGGAAAAGGCAAUGGGCAUUGACCUGAAGAAGACUACUGCCGCCGCCGAAGAGCACGUGGAUUACACCAUGGCCAAUCUUACCGUCAAUACAGAAGACCUGGGUGGCAUUGUCGAAGGUGGAGAGAAGUACGAGUCGUCCCUCGAAAUUCAGCAGCAUGUCAAGGCAGUAUAUGACCUUAAGCCUUCAAAGCCCACUUGGGUUCAGCUGUUUAUGGCCAUGAUAAUCAAGCGUCGCCACUACACCUGGCAAACCCUGGCGCUGCCCAUGUUUGGCUUCAUAGUGCCCACGGUGAUUCUCAUGCUGCGCGGUGAGCUCGAGACCAUCGCCGGUCCGCGGGUGUCGGUCGAGUUCUCUGCCGACAACUUCAUCUACGACCUCCGUAGCUUUGAGAAAUCUGAUCAAACUUUUGUCGCAUAUGACAAUGCAUCUAAGGUAGUGGCAGAAAGCGGCUUCGAAGCGUACAUCCGGUCUCAUCAUUUUUCCGUAGAGAAGGUGCCGAACAUUGAAAACUUCCUAGAAGAGGAGAAGACAGCCCGCGCCGGCCAAGUAAAGUACGUCUUUGGAGCUGAAUUUGCCUCCCACAAAACUGAGCCGACGACGCGCAGGGCCGUAGCCUGGUUUAGCGGCGACGCGUUCCACUCACAGUCGUUGUCUCUCAACGCCAUUUCCACUGUGCUGCUGCGCAGAGUGACGAACGACAGCAAAAGUGAAGUACUUGCCGUACUGCGACCGCUGAAAAAGGGCAAGAAAAUAAUAGCUUCUAAACGCCCAAGAAAUGCGAAGCAUGCGGAGACCCUCGAACAGGUAAUAUCUACGAGGCUGACAAAUUUUAUUUUGCUUCCGGCUGGCAUUUCAGUGGCCACGGCCAGCUUCAUUUUCUUCCCAGUGGACGACCGUGUGAGCAACUCGAAGCGCAUGCAGUUCGUGUCGGGUGUGUCGCCAGUGAUUUACUGGCUGGCUAACUAUGUUUGGGACAUGUUCAUGGCAAUGGUGGGGCUGAUGUGUAUGCUGUUCCCUGGCUUCCUCUUCUACCAGCACUUCGGCAAUUACGUCAUCAUUGCCCUCGUCACCUACGCUCUGUACAUGCACAGUAUGCUGCCGUUUGUUUAUUUCUACUCUUUUGCUACUGACUCCAUGAUCUCCGGGUUCAUGGUGUUUCACGCAUUGACAUUCUUUUCAGGCGUCGUAUCCACCAUGGGAUACCAAACGUACAUGAUCGAGAAUGAGCGCGGACAGGAGCUGAUCAGCGAAGAGCACUCGCGAGAUUUCCUUCUCUGGCUGUUCUAUCUGUGCCCUCCGUUCAGUGCCUCGUGGGCGCUCGUGAAAGUGGUGCAGCUGAGCAUUGAAAACACUUACUGCACGUACACGUCUGAUCUGUCAAUCAUCUACGACGUGUGCGCGUUCGUGAGAAAUAGCGCCGAGGAUGCCGCCAUCAUGAUGACCGGCCUUCGCUACUGCUGCGCCACCUUCUACAAGAGCAACCAGACGUCGGUGAAUCCGCUAUCGUGGACAUCGUACCACAGGCACGUAUGCAUUGUGGAUGGCUGGCAGUGCUUAAAGAACGCCGAAAAAGGCGUUGCCAAAUUGCCCCGUACCACUUGGUCGUCCACUGGUCUUUCCACCUAUUGGUGGCUCAAUAUCUAG